GGUAAACCUUCAAGCAAAAGAGAGGAUCGAUGAAGAGAAAUCGGUCAAGUCAGAUAAGCCCGUAUGAUGGAACAGUGUCGAGUUUGUAGCUGGAAGUCUCACCGUAAAAAAAUGAUCUUAAUAUUUAUUUUUUAGAAUGGUUUACUAUCGCCGUAGGUGAAUAUAAGCUCUUUUACUGAUUCGCAUAAUUUCCUUAAUGCGCAACCGUCAAGGGUGCGUUUCCGUUGCUUUUUGCCAACCGAAAGUUCAGUUGCAUCUUCUAGCUGUAUGCUAGUUUGUAAGCGACACAAUGCAUACCUUCUACUUACUUUCUGUUCCAAUAUCUUCUGUCCAAUGGAAAAACGCACAUUUUUAGCAUAUCUUGUGCGGUAGACUGCAAAGUGACGUAGAACAGAACCGAAUGUGCCGCAUAACAGCAUCCCAACGAGACGAACUGGCGCCAAUUGCUAGACACUAUUGUACCUACCAACAGCAUCAUCAGCAGCGACUUUUUCUUUGACCGUGGACCACCACGUGCGAUCUUUUGUGAAUAUGAAGAUGGUCCUCUCAGUCAUCUAGUCAAAAUGACCGUCAAAGUGGAAAUUGUUCUCACCAGUGGAACCGACGGAUGCUUCCAACCGGGACAGGAAGUGGUCGGCGAAGUGAUUGUAGUUCUAACCAAAACCAUAAAAGUUUCGCGACUGAAGCUUACUCUUAGUGGAAUUGGGCGAACGGAGUGGAGUGAACCGAUCAGUGGCCGCGGACGGUUUCUUAAUCUGGAGCAGUUUCUGUUUCAAGUGAAUGAUGAAUCCUCGAGUGUUAACUUUACCGGAAAGGAGCGUUACUUGCAUUCGGAGUUGAUCCUCUGCCAAGUCAAUGACUUUAUGCCAGCGGGAGGUUACACCUAUGGAUUUGCUUGUCCACUACCAGAUUCAAUCCCAUCGUCGUACAAUAGCACCAACGGUCACAUCCGUUACUCCCUAACGGCAACCUUAGAACGACCUUGGAAAGCCUCAAAAGUUCAUUCCAUCAGCCUGGGAAUCAUUCGUCAGCUGGAUCUGAACACUGAAAUACUCCUCCCCAUCAAGGCUGAACAUACGAAAUCCCUCGGUUGCUGGCCUUGUCUCCCCUCAGGAUCAUUAGUGCUCUCGGUUCAAAUCCCAACCAAUGGGUUCGUUCCGGGUCAAAUCAUUCCCGCGUUGAUCCAGGUGAGCAGCAGACGACACGUGACCAUUCGCAAAGUGACCACCGUUCUGAUCCAGCAGACCACUUUCAGCGCCCGGUGGCCAAAAGCUCGCCAGCGGAUCGAGAGCGUCGUCGUGAGCAAAAACGUAUCGCCCGGAAUCAGACUUCCGGACGGGGGUGUCCUGGCCGAGGACAACCUGCAAGUGCCUUGGGUGCAACCCACCAGCCGUUGCUCGAAAGUGAUCAAAAUUAGCUACGAACUGAAGGUGGCGCUGGAACUCGAUUCGUGGCUGAUGCUGGAUCGGCACGCCGUGAUUUCGGUUCCGAUUGUGAUUGGAACCAUUGCCGAGCGGGAUGCGGAUCUGUCUGAUGGGGAAUCGGUGCACGUGUGGAUGCGCGAUGAUUGAGGUGUGGUUUGCUUAACAUGACAAUAAAUCUUUACUUGCUCAAAUCUGAUGUUUCUAUGGAUAAAGUUAAGUAUAAAGUAAAUUUGAAGCUUAAAAUAAUGCAUUUCCUAUGAGAAGACAGCAGGCAUGUUGAAAAAUCGUAUUCUAAGGGUCCCCGAAAUCAUGAUGAAAAUCUCAUAGCAGUAUAAGUUAAGUUUGUAACUAACUGAAAUGUAUAAAGGCAUAGAAAAUUAGGUUUGGAGGGAACCUAUAUUUGUAAUGUGUAAGGGCACCUACAGCAUCAAAGAUUUCUAAAGUUCAUUUUUCUUUAUUCGUAUUGCAAUGAAUCUUGAUGUGAAUUUUUGAGACUCCAGAUAUUAUUACGCGACUUUUCCAUAAGUGCAUAUGUUCCUCGUGGAAAAUAUUCAGGAAUUUUUCUAGUGAUUCAUUCAUAAAAAAACGUAGAAAGAAUCCAGGAAUCCUUCCAAAAAGUGUUACAAACAUUCUUCAAGCAACUAUUUCGGGAAUUCGUCUUGAAAUUCUUGAUAUGCUGAGAAAAGUUUUUUCAAAAUUUGCUCCAGAAAAUACUUGGGCAGUUCAAUAAUGAAAAUUCAACGAAAAUUCUUACAGAUAUUCUUACAGCAUUUCCAAAAAAGAUUCUAUCAAACAU